GAAGUGCUGCGCUGGAGAGGUCACAGAAAGACUCAGGAACUAGAGAUCUAAAUUCAAUAUGGAAGAAAUUAGACGAAUGGUUAAAAGGCCUAUUUCACCGCAAAGAUCCCACCCCUGCGCCCACCUCAAGCCCAGCAAGCACUGAGACACCAUCUGCUCCAGGGAUCUGGACAACCCUUGAGGAAGUGCCCACUACUGUCAAAGAGGAAAUUGCCACAUCAGCUCCUGAAAUCGCAACCACUGCUGAUAAAGCCUCUGAAGAUGCUGAGGAAUUACACAUUUCAUCCACCCCACUUACAGAAGAUGGUAGUACCUCAGCUCCAGAAAUCCUUUCCACAGCUGCUGAAUCUUCAACAGAUAAUUUUGUCACAGACAACUUGCCUGUGUCUGACGCAGUCAUAGACAGCACUGACUCAUUUACAACUCCAGCAUUGCCGUCUACACUGAGUGAAGGCUCAUCUACACUGACAGAUGUUCACAUAUGUGACUCAGUGGGAACUGGUGUACCUCGCUGUGGUGCUUCAUUUAAUGACCUCAACAAAGCAUUCAAGAUUGACCUAAAUGCAAAUGCAAACUGUGCCUGGCAAAUUCAGAGGAAUGAAAAUCAAACAAUUAGGCUGAUUUUCUCCUAUUUUAAAUUUGCUCCUUCUUCAAGCUGUGAAACAGAAAGUAUUAAGGUAUAUGAUGGUGUCUCAACUAAUGCAACUCUUCUUGGACAAGUAUGUAACAACACUGAUGCGGUCCCAGUAUUUCAAUCAUCUUCUGGCAGUUUAAGAUUUGUCAUAACAACAAACUCCGUGGAUUUUACAAGAAACUUCUUUGUCUAUUACUACUUGGAGCCAGAAACAAAAACUGAAAAUUGUGGGGGACUAUUAACCGGUCCCAACGGGACACUGACCAGCCCAAACUACCCAGCACGUUACCCUGAAUUUACAUACUGUGUCUGGCACAUACAAGCACCAAAAAACUCAAAGAUACACUUAGAGUUCCAGGAUUUGUUCCUGGAACUAGACCAGAACUGCCAGUUUGACUUCAUAGCAGUCUAUGAUGGCCUCACCACUAACACUGGCUUAAUAGGAAAAGUAUGUGGUCGUUCUCAGCCCACAUUUGAAUCUUCUUCAAAUGUUAUGACAGUUGUGCUGUCUACAGACUAUGCCAACUCCUACAGAGGUUUUUCUGCUCAUUAUACCAGUUCUCCCCUGCCAAGUGGUCCUGUGGAGCCCACAUUACUUACAUGCUCUUCAGAUAGCAUGAAAAUUGUUCUAAACAAGUCUUACCUGGCCUCCCUUGGAUAUAAUGAAACUCAUGUAAGGCUGAAUGAUCCAUCUUGCAGUCCAGUCAUCACAGAUUCAGUGAUCUUUUCCUUCCCAUUAUCCAGCUGUGGAACAACUAAAAAGGAUGAUGGUCACAGCAUCACUUACACCAACAUCAUAUCUCUCUCUGCAACUGGCUACAUCAUCACCCGUCAGAAGAGCAUACAGAUCAUUGUAAAAUGCAAAAUGGAAAACAAUUCAACCUUGGAAGUCGUUUACAUAACAGAAGAUAACAUAAUCCAAAACACAACUGCUGUGGGAAGAUACAACAUUAGCAUGUCGUUCUAUGAUUCAGGUUCAUUCUCCAGGCCGAUACAUCAGACCCCGUAUUACGUAGACUUGAACCAAACUCUUUUUGCUCAAGUCACUCUUCACUCCACUGACCCAAACCUUCUGGUGUUUAUUGAUACCUGCAUAGCAUCACCAGAACAUGAUUUUGGAUCGCUAACGUAUGACUUAAUCAGAAGUGGCUGCAAUAAAGAUGACACUGUGGUAACCUACCCACUGCUGGAACACUAUGCCAGAUUCAAAUUUAACGCCUUCAAGUUCCUGCAGAGCUUUGCAUCCGUUUAUCUCCAGUGUGACAUUCUGAUUUGUGACAGCAACACCAACUCCCGCUGCACCCAAGGCUGCAUCUCCCGGCAAAAAAGAGCCACUUCCUCAUACCUGUGGAAAACCAACACUGCAGCAGGUCCCAUCCGCGUGAAGAGAGACCUCAGGUCUGCCGAUCAUUCAG